AUGGCUGAGCCACCUCGCAAGCGCCCUCGCGUCUCGCCGCCACCUACCGGCAUGCACCCACGCUCGCCGCCCCCACCGCCUGCCGUCGACCACCCACCCCUCGUCGACACCGCCUCGUCUGCGCAGUCUGCACCUCUUCCAGCAACCGCACCUCAUCCUCCCUGCGCCUCGCACGCCGUCCACCCGCCAGCGCACUACCUCGGCGCCUCGACCGCCCUCCCCCAGUUCCAGCAGCCCUUCCACCUCGCGUCCUUCUCCUACUCGCCCGCGCGCGAGCUCCUCCUCGACGACGACCGCAAGGACGACGCCCUCGCCUACUACCACGAGCCGAGGCUCGGCAGCGACCUCAACGUCGGGUUCGAGAGCGCGGUCUGGAGGGACGGCAGCGUCGACGAGGGCUUGGACGCCUUGCUCGACUGCUUGUCGACCUGGGCUUCGAAGCAGCCGUCGACGGCCGCCGACGAGCUUCUCGGCAAGAUCUCGGUCAUCACGUGGCGCGGCAUGAUGACCAAGCUCAUGCUCGCCGUCUACGAGGUCGACAACGUCGCGAGUGGACGUCGAGGCGACGGCUGGGAGAUGAACGCCAUGGUCGUCGACGGCUGCCUCUACCUCGAGGAGUCGAACCCGCCCGCCAAGCUCGCCGCCAAGUCGGCGUCCGAGUCGAGCAACGCCCUGCCGUCCUACUACGGCUACUCGUUCGAGUCGUACUGCACCACGCCGUCGACCGACCCGCCCGCCGCCUUUGCCGUCCCCAACACCAACGUCCAGUGGUGCAGCGUCGUCAAGACCAACCUCGGCGGGUUCCGCACCAUCGUCGGCGGCGAGGUCGACUGCGUCCGGCUCGGAGCCGACCCGAGCAGGAUCUCGACGGCCGACUUUGUCGAGCUCAAGACCAACAUCGCGAUCCAGAGCCAGCGCGACGAGGUCAACUUUGAGCGGCAGAAGCUCCUCAAGCACUACGUCCAGUCCUUCCUUCUCGGCGUACCGACCGUCACCGUCGGGUUCCGCACGCGUCAGGGCCAGCUCACUGCCCUGCAGAGCUUCAACACGCUCGAGCUCCCUCGUCUCGUUCGCGGCAAGCCGCACGCCUGGACCCCGGCCGCAUGCCUCGCCUCGGCCCGGGACCUUCUCGCCUUCUUGCACUCGACCGUCGCGUCGCACCCGUCGACCCUCGCCGCCGAGGCCGACCUGCGCUCACGCUCGCCCGGUGCCGCCACCUCGGGCGAGUGGCCCGUCUUCCGUAUCCGGUUCGCGCCGCAGGACGGCGUCUCGGUACGCGAGCUCACGCCGCGCGAGGUCAGCGACGAGGUGCUCGCCGCCAAGCGAGACGUCGUCGACGGCGGCGAGGGCGAGGGUGGCAAGGUCGGGUUCCUCCUCGGGCGGUGGGUGCGCGAGGUGCGCGAGAGGAGGGAGCGGAUCGUGCGGGCACAGGCGGAGCAGGGAGCUGCCCAACCCAUGCCGACACCCUCCUCGAGCGCGCCUCCUCGCCGACCCGGUCCUCCUCCUCCUCCGCCGCCCGCACCAGCUCCCGCCCCGCCCGCACCCGCACCCGCCCCACAGCCAGUCUCGGCAGAAGCGGAGCUCGCCGGCCCCGGCUCGAAUGGUGGGGCGGUCUCGCCGCGCAGGGAUGCACAGGCGGCUCGAGCGUUACUUGCCGGGCUGAAACGUUGA